ACCGCUGUAUGGAAGGACAGUCCCAGAACUGUCAUUAAUAGUCUAUUUCUGACAGUUCUAUGACAUUCCCUCCAUACAGCGGUAGGUUGAAACAGCUGUAUGGAAGUGAAUGUCCCAGAACUGUCAGAAAUAGACUAUUUAUGACAGUUCUGGGACUGUCCUUCCAUACAAUGUUUCAACCGCUGUAUGGAAGGACAGUCCCAGAACUGUCAUUAAUAGUCUAUUUCUGACAGUUCCAUGACAUUCCCUCCAUACAGCGGUUGAAACAGCUGUAUGGAGUGAUUGUCCCAGAACUGUCAGAAAUAGUCUAUUUCUGACAGUUCUGGGACAUUCACUCCAUACAGCUGUUUC